GUCCAGUCAAGCACUGACAUUGUUUACAAAACAUGGCGGCGAUCAAUUAGUAACAUCGAUAUAGGAAACGAUUUGUCAGUAUUUGUAUAAUCAUUGUUUCCGUUUGAGUUAGCAGGUGCCUAAAUUAAUACCAUCUAAUCAUUGUGUGUAUUGGUAUGACAAUUCGAGCUGAACAAGUGAAACAACUUUGAAAGGCUUACAUUGGAAUAAACUCAACAUAUUUCUGAUUCAUUGAGUACCAGUGCAUGUAUAAAAAGUAGUUUCAAGUGAAAAAUUAUAAAAUAAAAGAAAAGAAUACAACUUUUAUUGCUACUGUAUUAAUGUAGGCAGUUAUGGCGGGAAGGAAACGUUCACAGUUACGUGCCCCUUACGACACAGACGAAGGUUACGAGACAUUCCCCCCACCGCAGAGGCCUCAGAAUGGAAUUCCAGAGUACGACAAUCGCUUUAGCUCACCUCGGGUACAGGAAAACCCGCGAUCUCGAGCAACAUCAAGAAAUCCGUCGCGUUUGGAUCUUCUCGAGGAUAGGAUUGCACAACAGGAGAAGAAUACACAAUCUGUGAUAGAGAGGGCGUUCAAAACAAAGGAGGAUGUGAUAGAGAGCUUGAACUUUACGCACGGGACAUGGCAGGAAGAGAAGCACGCGCGCAACAUGCUUCAAGAACACAUUCGGACAAUCACUGCGGUGGUCAACCGGCUUAACAACGAUAUCGCUAGCUUGGAGGAAACCAUUAGAGCGAGAGACAGUGCAGCUGUUGGAACCAACACAGCAGUAAAGAAUCUGGAGGUACAUCAUGUGGCUACACUGACCGACCUUCGCGGCAGAAUUGUGCGCUGCGACACCUCCAUCGGGAAAUUGUCACAGGAGAUACGACAGUGCUUUGAAGCCGUCAAACAAGUGGGCCAGGGGCAGUCAGAUCAACAAAACAGACUCCUGGACAGAAUACACGAGAUGGAAUCCAAGAUUGUUUCCCUGUCUGGAAAUGUAGAGCGAAAUUCCAGUGAACAGAAGAUGAAAGUGCAGCACCUGGAGAGUGAUUCGAGCCAGCAGAUGGCCCAGCUUGACUCUCGCACUCGACAAAUCAUUGACGACCUCAAAAACAGCAUCACAACAUAUCAGCAACAUGCAGAUGUGGAACGGGAGAAGUUGGAGGAGAAACUGUUUUCCUUGGUAGAAAACCAGGCUCAGAUUCGCGACCAAAUAGUGGACAAAGUGGAGCGCAAGGUGGAUGAGCUGCAGUUUGUGAUGGAGGAGAGGAUGAAGAAGAUGGAGCAGCAGAUCCUGCUGGAGAGCCAGAGACUGACGGAGAUGCAGCAGGAAAUGCAGAACAAGGUGGUCUCACGACUUGAAGGGUUGAUACGUCAGCAGCAUGACGAGGUUGCCAAGGUGAAGCGUGAUCAGCGCGAGGGAUUCUCUACAGUGCAAGAGAGCAUUACGAACAUGAAGACAGUGAUGGAGGGCAAACGGAAACUGUUGGAGGAUCAGCUACGCAAGGAGAUCAGCCAGAUCAGGAAGAUGGUCGUGCUUGUGUGAUAGUUGUCAAGGAUUUCUGGUGAUGUCGAAACGAUGUUUAUCCCACUUUUACAGCGAAUUUGGUUGAUUAAAGCCCCGUUGAUUAAAUAUCAUCUAUAAUCAACGGCAGGAAAUGACGUCAAUAUUUCGACAAAAUGACGUCAUAAAUCCAGCAAAAUUAUCCAGUCAAACUAAUUCUGUUUAAAUAAAAAGGUUUACUAAAUAAAAAGUGGGAUAAAUAUAAUAAUAGAUGAGUGUUGAUUAUAGAUCAGGUUCAUCAUGCUCGGCACGAAAACGAAAAAGCACUCGCCAAGGCUCGUGCUUUUUGUUUUCUAAGCCUCGGAUGAUAAACCUGAUCUAUAAUCAACACUAACCUAUUAUUCUCUAUAUCUUAUUUCUUGUAAAUAUAUAUUCUUGGUCUGGGGAAAACAGGACUUAAUGCAUGUGCGUAAAGUCUUGUCCCAGACAAGCAUGACUGUGCUCCUCACAGGCUAAUCAGGGCUGACACUUUCCGCUUUCAUGGUAUUUUUCGUUUAAAGAGGGUUUAGGUGGAACGUUUGCAGGCUAAUCAGGGAUGACAUUUUAAGCACAUGCAUAAAUCUCUUUUUACAAAGCGAGUUCAAAUGAAAAGAAGAUGCAACCAUUUCACCCUAAACAUACAAAUUGCCUUGGGAGCUUUAUGGAUAAGACCCCAGGAUUUAAAAGUUGUAAAUCUAGGCAUUGAUAACUUAUUUUGAUUAUAUGUAGUCAAGUGUUUCCAAGCAUGCUCUUUUGUUUAAAAAAGGAUAUUGUUUAACAUGAUUUAAGAAAACCAGUAUACAUCUAGCAGUCUGCUAACUUGUGACACUAGGUUACACAAUUAAAAAUAGAUUAUUCUAUUCUUAGGACCAAUAGCAGCCAAAACAAGUUACGUUUUGAAUACAGUACACAUAAUGAGAAAAUGGUAUGUGCUUAAACUUUACAUAUUUUCACUUGCACAAGUGUUUGUAAAAGUAUUUGUUAUCUCAAUUUUCUUAGAAAAAUAAUUGAUUGUAUAUCCCCAAAAAGAAACAAAUAUUCUUAAUUUAUAACUUUUAAAUCACUCUAGCAGAUAUCAGCAAUCUGACUGCCUAAGCUUAGCUGCAAAGCAACAUUUGAAACAUUUUCACAGAGUAGAUCAUUAAAAAUUAUGUAUCUUUGUUUCUUAGAACAUUUCUAAUGCUAGCCUUUAUUCUUUUUUUUAUAAAAAGGAGACCUUUUUCAUCAUGUCUUAAUCUGUUUUGAAUGUAAAAGGUGUAUGUUCAUAACUGAGCAGAAUCAAACUGGGCCACACUCUGGGAAUAAUGGGCUUAACCCUUUGCAUGCUGGGAAAUUUGUCGUCUGCUAAAAUGUUGUCUGCUGAAUUUCUAAAAUUAGCAUUUUCUUCGAUUUUUUUUCAAAAAAUACUAUCAGAAUAGCAAACAGUUUGGAUCCUGAUGAGACGCCACGUUCUGUGGCGUCUCAUCUGGAUCCAAACUGUUUGCAAAUUCCUUCACAAUUCGGUUCCAGCACUGAAAGAGUUAAUGCAUGUGCAUAAAAUGCCGUCCCCGAUUAGCUUGACUAGCAGUCUGCACAGGCUAAUCAAAGAUGACCCUUUCCGCUUGUAAGAAAUUCUUGGUUUUACAGAAGUCUCAUCUAUUGUCCUUGAUAAGCAUGUGUGGUCUGGGCAGGUUAAUCUGGGACGACACUUUAUGCACAUGCAUCAUGCACAGUUUUCCCACAGUGCUGCUCAACUAUUUCAGAUUAGGUGUGCAGCUCUACAUUAAAUGAAGUUGUAUUAUUAUGUAUUUGUGCUCUAUGUUGGGGAUUUUAAAUAGUAGUAGUCUGUGAUACAUUUUAGAUGUUUUGUUCUGUUUAAUAUCAUACAGCAUUGAUAACUUUUACUGUUACAAAAGCUUUAUGUUUUAUUGAAAUGUGUAUUUUAAUACAUACAGUAUGUUUCAUUUUCAUUGAAUCAGACAUAAUCACAGCACAGUGUUCUUUUAUGUACUUCAACACAAAUAUAAAAUUAUAUAUUUUUUAGAAAGUCUUAAAUAAUAGCUUUGUCAUUGUAUGUAUUAAUAUAUGUAUAGAAAAAUGAAAAAACAUUUUGUACAACUGUUGUAAAACUAAGAUGUUUUAUGCAAUAUGGCUUUGUAUGCUUACAAGAGGAAAGUCAUUUUUACCAUCAAAUGAGUUGAUGCAGCCAAAUUUUGCCAGAACUAAUAAGCAGAUCUUGUAUUUCUUAUUGACAAAUAAAACUGCAUUGUUUUAUUUUUGCGAAUAUAUAAUUGAUGUGAUGAUUGUUCUAUUGUCGGUGAUGCAGUUACACUUAUGGGUUAUAAUUUGUUGCAUACUUUUAAGUACUGUUAGAUGUCGAUAAUAAGGUAAUUUAGUUCAUGCAUUGGAUAAUGCAGGUUGUCUGUGCUAUUCAGCAAAUAUAUUUUGUUCAAAAACAUGUGAUUGAAAUGAGAUGAACGUGUAUUUGUUGUAUAAAGAUUAUUGAAAGCACAUUCUUGUCUAGACUGUAGAUCAGUUAAGAAUGGAAACUUGAAAUUAUUUAACCCUUUCCCACUCCGAAGCAGUGGAAAUGAUUUUUGCAACCAGCAUAAAACCAGAACAGCAUGCGAGUAACUCGCAGGCUGUUUAAGUUUUAUGAUGUUUGGUGCUCAUCAGUAUCUUAGGGUUGGAUAUGAAGCCUUUAAAUUUUGAAUCUAGUAAGAAAGGUUUUUAGUUAAGUUCAACUUUCUAAGGGACCACAAAUGCAUCAAAAUAUGUACCGGUAUCUAAGUGGUAAAGGGUUAAAGACUAUCAUUGAUUUUGUUUAUGAUGAGAAGUCCGCAACUUCCUGCAAGGUAUGCAGGAUAAUCAGAUAUUUUAAUAUUAUCUUUUAGUCCAAAACAAUAGCUGUAUAUAGUUAAAGUUCAGUUUGUAAUUGACUCAUUUUAUCUUGUAAACGUUGCACAAUCAUGGUUUGUGUAUUGGCAGGCACAUUGUCUUCCAUGUCCCGCGUGGUGUGCCAAGGUGAAGGUGGCACCACAGUGUUCUUGUGCUGUGUACUGCAGCCACUAUUCUGUGUUAUUGUUUGAAAUUGCCAUCACAUUUUUAUUGUCUCAUUCCUCAUCCAACGAAUGUUAAAACAACAAAAAAUGAAAAUUGUUGCAAGUGUGUAUAGUUACCUGUGUUUAAAAAAAGUUUAUUAGAGAUUCUUGUAUUGGCUUAACAUUUUGCCAAUUUUUUUUUCUUUGUUAUUCAAUAUGAAGUUCUGAAUUAACCUUCCUAGUUAAAAAAAGCUUCAUUCAUGUUUUAUCAAUUGACUUCUUUUGUUAAAAUGCAACUAUUUAAAUUAUGUGUUUGUAUAUAAAAGGUUUGUAUUUAAAUAUUGACAGACAGCAAAGGUUAUUUGACACACAAUCUGUCAAUAGAAAUGUGUUUUACCAUCACAUUAAUUUCAUCAGUAUUCAUUUGUUUGCGUUGUUAGAGAAUAUUUCUAUAGUUUAAUUUUGAUAUUUUAAAGGAUGAAUUUAUUUUUAUAUAUGUAAGUCAGGAGUAUAUUUCAUGAACAAAAGGAUGACUUUUAAAAGAUCAUAAUCGUUCAUGUAUUGUUGAUGAAUUUAAUUUCGUUGACAUGAAAUUUUGUAGAUUCAUCAAAUUGGAUUAAUUGGAUCUUACAUUUGUGGAUUUGUAUUAUGCAGUAUAAAAGAAUAAGCAUUACACAUUUGAUUUUAUGGUUGAGCUUAGAAAAAAUAGUGUCUAAAGAAUUUUAUUGGUUUUCCAGUGCUUAAAAAACUCCAUAUAUAUCGUUCAGAGUGAGUGUGUUCCGACAUAAUUUACAGUUAAAAGUAUCACAUGUCUAUGUUCAUUCAGUAUAAAUUAUCGAUGUUACUCAUAAUGGACAAACAUACAGCAAAAGAGGUUUGAAAGGUUAGCAGAUUUUUUUAUAUUUAAUUUAUUUAUGUUGUAGAUUAUUACUUAUGCCCCCUUUUUUGUUUGCUGAAACAUUCCACGCAACUGAUACAUUCCAACAUGAACAUUAUGAAUAGUUUAGUCUUGCAAACAACGGGACAAAAUUGGUCUCCUUUGCAUUUUGUUAAUUUUUUUAGGUAUUAUCAAAAUUAUUAUUGAUAUGAAAAUUGUCAGAUAUUUUCUAAUUUAUAUAUCAAUGUAUUUGCAAAUGAUAAUUGCCAUCAUUUAGUUUUCAAUACAUUGCAACAAUGUUUGCCUAUUAGUGUGUAGCCACUUUUUUGUAUUGCACUUGUUUUGCCAUAAAAUGAACUAAAACAUUACUCUUUAUGCACAGUUUUUUACCAUGUUUCACACCAGCAUCCAAAAUUUUGUAUACUUAUGUCCAGUAAUUUAUAUUAUUUCGCGUUUUUUUUUUCACUUGUAUGGAACUACUACUAGUGUUAGUUUAUACAAAAAUCUGUCACAUCGGUGCAGAAUAUGGUUUUAUUAUGAAAUUGUUCUAUGUUCUCAACAUUUGACACCAGAUAUCUUGAUCAUGGUUUAUUUUAUGCUUUCCUGUGAAUUAAAGUUAAAUACGUGGCAAAUACCUGUUUUUCAAAAUCAAAAUAAUCACCAAAGAACCAACAUGAAUAUCCUCAUAGUUGUAACUUUUUGUUACUGCCUUUGUUCCAUGAUGUUGAUCCAUUUCUGCAGUCUCUUGUUGUACAUAUCUUUUUGUCGUUUGGCUAAUUAACAGUUCAUUGUAGAUAGAUUAGUCAAUAAACCAUCCAUCAGU